ACACUGGAGAACGCCGCUCUCAUUCAUCAUGGCCUCAGUUCAAAGUGAUGAAAAGUCUGUGAUGGAUCCCGACCUCGAUGAGCUACCCGAUCUGAGAAAUUCCAAAGGCCACGGGUUCUACUGUUACCAAUAUGAUGAGCUGUAUCUCUUCGUGCCGCCUCCAUCCAUGUUGAAGGGAGGUCAUCACACAGACAGAAUCAAAAGUAUCAGAGAAGCUGAACUUAAGAAUGAUGACAUCAUUAUCUGUGCGUAUCCCAAAUGUGGAACCCAUUGGCUGUGGGAAGUCAUCGCGAUGCUAAUCAGUGGGACCAUCCAGUACCAGAAGGAUGUGAAAGAGACCCGGAUGAUGGAAUUCAUCUUCAAAGAUGGAAUAGAAGCAGUGCCGCAUCCACGGGUCUUCAACACCCACCUCCCUCUGCGCAUGCUCCCUACACAGGUCGUGGAGAAGAAGGUCAAGUGUAUUCAGAUCAUGCGCAACCCUAAAGAUGCCUGUGUGUCCUUUUUCAACCACUGCAGAGAUAUGGAGAAACCGUAUGGCUAUGAUGGAGACUUCGUUGAGUUUACAGAGGCAUUUUUGUCAGGGAAAAUGCCGUUUGGAUCCUAUUCCACCUAUCUGCGAGCAUGGAAAGCCGAAGUGGCAGCUUCACCAGAAUUACCUGUCCUUAAUAUGUUUUAUGAGGACAUGAAAAUUGAUCCUGUCAAGAGUGUUAAAGACAUCGCCAAAUUUCUAGGCCUGACAACUACGGACCAGUUCUGUGAGGACGUUGGGCUUGCUUGUUCCUUUAAGAAGAUGAAAAAAGUUGACGAGGAAAUGAAGGUGCCACCUUCCAUGAAGAUAUGGAAAGAUGGCGUCGAAGGGACGUUCUAUAGGAAAGGUGAGAUCGGGGACUGGAAGAAUUGGUUCACAGUGGCAGAAAGCGAGAAAUUCGAUAUAAUAUGGAACGAGAAGAUGCAGGAUUCUGGGUUCGAGUUUACCUAUACACCGGUGUGAGGUCAUACCAAAUACAUGGGAACCGAUAUACAGCAGAACACGGAUAUAACGAACAAGGAUAAAGCGAACAAACGGAUACAACGAACUGUUGAAAAUAACCCCGCUUUAUCUCCUAUAUAUUAUCAUAUAAAAUGUACGUACAUAACGAACUCUCUACAGGG